CGCACACGAAACCUUGCCGUGCGGGCUGGCUGCGCGCGCGCGCGCGGCAGCAUGCAUGUCGCGGCCGCCUUUAAGUACUGGAGCUAGCUCGCCUGCUGGACUCAGACGAACACACCAGCAGAAGAGGAGAGAUCUGAUAUCUGGGGCUGUUGAUAGAGACGACCCAGAGAUCAUCUCCUCGUUUCAGGUUUUGCGCUCUAUACUUGUAGGUUGUAACAGGGCCAGGUCGAGAAAGCUGAGAGGCAAAUGGCGUUGGAGGCGUUGGGGAGGAAGAACUUGGCAGGCCCGCUGCUACUGCUCAACCUCGUCCUCUACAUCUUCAUGCUGGGGUUCGCCAGCUGGGCACUGGACAGCUUCAUCGACGGCCACCAGGCUGCGCGGCAACGACGCGACGCUCCACUUCGUCCAGUUCGCCGUGCUGGCGGCCGUCGUCGGCGUGGCGGCGAAGCUCGCGACGGCGUACCACGCGCGCGCGUGGCGGCCCCAGGGCCUCGCGGCCGCGGCGUCGCUGGGCACCGUUGCGUGGGCCGCCACCGCUCUGGCUUUCGGCCUCGCGUGCAAGGAGAUGCGCGUGGUCGGCGGCGGGGAGCGCGGGUGGCGGCUGCGCGCGCUGGAGGGGCUCACGGCGACGUUGGCCUUCACGCAGCUGCUGUACGUGCUGCUGCUGCACGCGGCCGUGGCCGGCGACCGCUGCGGCCUCGGGUGUCCCGCUGACGACGACCAGCCCAGGGGACCCUGCAGCCUCAUGUGAUCGAUCGACCAUCCGGCCUACUAGCUAUGCAUCCUUCUGUGUUCGUCUGUUGUGAUUUUCGUCUUGUGCCAAGUGGAAAUUAAGCUUUAAGCUAGCUUCCAUUUGAAUUAUACUGUCAUGCGUUCGUGUGCCCCUGUAUUUGCGCGUGUGAAAUGUAUUGUGCUGUGUAGUUUUCUGCCAUGUCCCCGUGCAUUGUGUA